GAAAUUAUUUAAAAGUAAGUUUAGUUCAUAUGAUUUCGUACUGGACGAUAUUAUUAUUUAUCUGAUGUAAAAUUCAUAAAAAUCAUUAGAAAAAUGUCGGGACUGGUUUCAAGCGAGUUUCGUUUACUGUCAAAUUACAACUUAUUCUCAUCGGGGACUUUGAUAGCUGCUAUUGUUAUUUUGAUACUGGCAUAUUGGGGGAGUGAUAUUAAAAAUUUUUUAGUAACUUAUCAUAAAUUAAAAAAAGCGGCCAAAGCAUUUCCGGGCCCUCCAACACUUCCUUUGAUUGGAAAUGGAUUGGCGUUUACAGGACCCACAGAUGAGUUUUUGAACAUAUUCGUGCAGAUCAAAAAAAAUUAUUCGGAUACCUUUAGAUUAUGGUUUGGACCUCAACUGGUUAUUUUCAUAACAAAUCCAAAAGAUUAUGAGGUUGCGUUGGGUAGUUCAAAAGUAGUUGAAAAAGCAUUUUUCUAUGACAUGUUGGAACCAGCCAUGAUAGAUAGUCUCAUUAAUGGAAAAGGACCAAAAAUUCGUGCAAGACGUAAAAUGGUGAUUCCCAUUAUAAAUGGCAAACAGUUAUCAGAGUAUAUCCUUAGCUUUAAUUUUCACUCUCGUCGUUCCGUGGAACUUCUCACAAAAAAAUCAGGCAUCGGUGAAUUCGACGUGUUCCAUGAUAUGGAACUUUGUAUUUUGGACAUGGUUUAUGAAACAUUGUUUGGGGUUGAAGGAACUGCUCAAACCAAUGGUGAUGCAUUAAUCGCUAGCCUCAUUGAGAAGGGCCUAAACUGUUUUUGGGAGAGAAUAUUUAAAUUCUGGUUGUACCCUGAAUUUACUUUUCAUUUAACCAAAAUAGGUAAAAUAUGGUUAGAUAGCAUUGAGAAAGGUACUCGAAUUUUAAAUAAGAUAAUAACAGACAAAAUAAAAAUAUAUGAAGCAAUAGAAAGAGGUGAAAAAAAUGUUGAAGGAUGUAAGGCAUCAAUACUGGAUUCAAUUGUCGAGAAUUCUGUUAAAACAAAUUCAAUGACUGUUGAUGAAAUUCGUUAUGAUUUGGUUGCUCUCUUUACUGGUUUUCAUGACACGAUUCAUGGUUUAAUAUCAUUUGCAUUAGUAAUGAUAGCGAUGCAUCCCGAUGUACAGGAUAAAGUACGUGAAGAAAUAUUGGAUGUUGUUGGAGCAAAUAGUGAUGUUUAUGAAGAACAAGUUGGUAAAUUGACAUACAUUGACAUGGUUAUCAAAGAAACUUUAAGACUAUUUCCGGUGGGACCUUUCAUUGCUAGAAGAGUCACUGAAGAUAUGGAUAUCGAAAAUCAUACGGUUCCGAAAGGCGCCACUCUGGCUAUCUUUGCUUUUGGAACUCAUAGAUCUGAAAAGUACUGGACGCAGCCUGAAAAGUUCAUUCCAGAAAGAUUUCUGCCGGAAAACUCAAAAGACCGGCAUCCUUAUGCUUUCAUACCUUUCAGUGGAGGCCUUCGUGGAUGCCCUGGUAAUAAAUUUGGUACUGUUGCUCUAAAAGUGGUGAUCGUUCAUAUGAUUCGUAAUUAUCAACUAAGUACGACAAUGAAACUUGAAACAAUGAAAUUGAGAACACAUAUAGCUACUCGGUCAGUAGACGGCUACAAAUUGUCUAUUAAAAAAAUUACUCCUUAAUAUAAUAAAGUAUACUUCAAAAAUUUUUUAAUGUAGGGGAGGAUGGGGCAGAGCAGCCCCCCUAAACCAAUUAUUACUUUUUUUGGCUUUCAACCAUAAUUUCCCUUUACUUUUGUCCUAUUUCGAACAAAUUUAUGGACAUUUUGCCAAAAUUCUAAAAAAAAAAAAUUUUUUUGUGGGGCAGAGCGGCCCCCCUCCAAAAAAUGAUAAAAAAAAUUUUUUUUUUUCGUUUUUUUUUUUUUUUAAAUUGUUUUCAUCAUUAAGAAUGUAUUUCUUUCUCUUGACAACUAUUUUUGGUUUUAUAUUACUCGAAAAAAAUUUUUUAAGGUGCAAUAAAUCAUUCACCCUCGAUUACCUUAAUUACUAAUUGUUAUUUAAUAAAAAAAAAAAAACAAUUCUAUAGUUUUACUUUAUUUCAAAAAUUUAUCAACUAAAAAAAAAAAAUUUUAUUUUUAUAAAUUUUUAGUGACCAAAUUUGCCUCUUACAUAGAUAAACGGCCGAAAAAUAUGAAAAAAUAAUUUUUUUGGAAGUUUCGGCUGGUCCAUUUUGCCCCAGGUGCUAUGCGUAGGGCUAGAAAUGUGGAAUUAUAAUAAUUUUUUUCUAAUUUGACGAUAAAAAUAUGAAAAAAUCACUUUUUCGAAAUUUUGGGCUUGUUCAUUUUGCCCCAAAUGUCAUGCGUGGGGGUAAAAAUGCGCAAACAUAUCGGAUUUAUAGUAAUUAGUUUAAAAAAAAAAAAAUUUUUUUUUUAUCAAAAUUUCAGGGGGGCCGCUCUGUCCCACCCUCCCCUAUACAUUAAUUUUAUUCAGAACUUAAAAAUUCUGGGAUUAUGUAUCCUAUGAAAAAGCGAUAGUUUAAAAAUUAUUUUCUAUGAAUAUCUAGUCACGACGCUCUUAUAUAUAUUUUUUUUUUUAAUCAAAUAAAUAAUUACUUAAAAA